ACGGUGGUCAGCGGGCUCAACAGUAUCGACGAUUCAUCGCCUCCUGCGCCUCUUCACACCAUGGAGUCUGCACUCAACGAGCUCAAAGCAAAGGCAGCCGCCUAUGUCAACGGUCAGGACACGAUCGCUGCGCCGAGCGAACACAAAUUGCCCGCUGCACAAAUCGAUGGAGCGCACGCUGCCAAUGGCACCAAUGGUCAUGCUAAAGGAUCUGCGCACGGCACGAACGGCAAGACAAAUGGUCAUACAGUCGCAACUGCGCAUCCUCUCGAUCAACUCUCGACAGACGAACUCACGAGCAUUGGCGACAAAGUCAGAGAGCAUCUCAUGCAAUCACUAGGCAUCAAAGCGUACCGCUUCAUUUCCAACACCCUCGUCGAUCCUCCCAAGAAGGAUGUACUGAAGUAUCUGGGCAUUGCGACCAAUCCAGAGGAGCUGGGCAAGGUCGAGCCCGAUCAAGCUGUCAAACUCGCACGAAGAGCCAAGGUCAUUAUUCUUGACGCGCUGACCGGCAGUGCCUACACGAUCCUCGUUACCAUCGACCGAGCCAACGUCACCAUCGACAAGGUUGAUAAACUCGCAAAGGGCGUCCAGCCAUCGAUCUGUCCCGAGGAGCUCUUGGCUUGUGAAGAUAUCAUCAAAGCCGACCCUCAAGUCUGCAAACUCGCCAGAGAACUCGGUCUCGAGCCCGAACAGCUCGCAGCAGACGGAUGGUCUAUCGGCAUGGACGAUCGCUUUGGCUCGGGCAGACGCAUCCAGCAAGCGCUGAUGUACGCCCGUCUUCAGCCGGACGACAACCUCUACGCUCAUCCACUCGACUUUGUGCCCGUCGUCGAUGUCAUUGCGGGCAAGGUCAUCCACAUCGAUUUCCCCGCCACUAAGAAACCUGGCGAGAAGCUCUCUCGAGGUAGCUCUGCGCCCCAUGACAUCAAUGCGGACCAGCUUGCAGAGUCUGGCAGGGAGCGUGUUCCCGUACCUCGGCAGCCUUACGAAUACUUGCCAGACCUGCUUGCAGAGCACGAUCCGACCUUCAAGCUUCGUACCGAUCUCAAGCUCUUACAUAUCACUCAGCCCGAAGGCGCUUCCUUCACGCUCGACGGUCAUCAUCUCAAAUGGUCUACGUGGGACCUGCACGUCGGCUUCAAUGCUCGCGAAGGACUCUAUCUCAAUAUGAUCCAGUACGAUGAUCAUGGUGUCAAGAGGCCCAUCAUCGCUCGUCUGAGCAACAGCGAGCUCGUCGUGCCUUACGCUUCCGAAGCCUUCCCUCAUUCGCGCAAAUUUGCGUUGGACAUAGGCGAGUAUCUCAUCGGCACACUUACGAAUUCCCUCGAGCUGGGCUGCGACUGCUUGGGCGAGAUCGCAUAUCUCGACGGCUUGCUCACGUCUCACGAUGGCUCGGCUAUGAAGAUCAAGAACGCUAUAUGCAUCCAUGAAGAGGACGGAGGCGUGCUCUGGAAGCACACGGAUUACAGGCAAGACGGCAAGACACAUGCCGUCCGUUCGCGCAAGCUCGUCAUCUCUUCCUUUGCGACUGUCGCCAACUAUGAAUACGGCUUCUUUUACGAAUUUCAUCUCGAUGGCACGAUCAAAGUCGAAGUCAAGCUGACGGGUAUUCUGAAUACCUGGUCAUUGGCAGAAGGCGAGGAUGCAGGUCUGACAGGCACCCAAGUCGCGCCUCGCGUCGUCGGUCAGCAUCAUCAGCACUUGUUCUCCCUCCGCAUCGAACCCAUGCUCGACGGCGUCAACAACACUGUCGUCGAAACCAAUGUCGUUUCUGCGGAAGGGGAAGUUGGCUCAGCAGAGAAUUAUGCCGGAAACCGCUUCGAGGCUCGCAAGACGGUGCUCAAGACGGCCAAGGCAGCUAUAAGAGACCCCGAUCCUGCUACGAGCCGCUACUGGUCCAUCGUACAACCGUCCGAGAAACACUACUCGUCCGGUCACUCGCCCGCGUACAAGAUCAUGGCGCCUUACCAGCCGCCUCUGUACUGCAAACCUGGCUCGUGGGUCGCUCGACGUGCUCCUUUUGCAAAGCACGGUCUCUGGGUUGUUCCUACUAGUACAACGGCAGCAACUUCCAUCUACCCGGCCGGCGAGCACGUUCCGCAAUCUUGCCAAGACGGUGGCGAGCUCGAAGACUCCGUUCAGGUCUGGGCAGAUCGCGACGAGAAUAUUGAGAAUACAGACAUUGCUCUCUAUCUCACCUUCGGCACGACGCAUAUCCCUCGUCCGGAAGAUUUCCCCGUCAUGCCCACUGAGCAUCUCUCGGUGACGCUCAAACCUGUCGGCUUCUUCAAGCAAAACCCUGCUCUGGAUGUGCCCGCCGUUCGCGACUCAAAGAGCAAGCUGGCUCAUUGCAAUGGCUGCUAGCUCAUUUGAUAGGACACAGUCUUCCCCUGUUCGGCUAGACUUUAAUGUGACUUGUAGGGUUAGAUUUGCAUUCAAUGAUCUGCUUGAGGGUCAUGAGUGAUGGCCAGGAAGACGGAAUCAUGU